AUGGAAACCCUCCUAAACACUUCCAGCUCACCGGAAACGCCAACCUCCCACGUAACACACCCAGGAACGACGUCAGAAUCCAGCGAGUGGACGACGGCAAGGUUUGGGACACCGGCACCGGAGCCGGAACAACUGGCUUGCCCCCGCUGCGAGUCAACCAACACAAAGUUCUGCUACUACAACAACUACAACCGGUCGCAGCCCCGCCACUUCUGCAAGUCCUGCCGCCGAUACUGGACGCGCGGUGGCUCGUUGCGCAACAUCCCCGUCGGCGGUGGUACCCGGAAAUCAGCCUCCUCCCACAAACGCUCCCGCACCAUCUCCGCCGCCGCCGCCGCCGGUAUCACUACAACAGGCAGCUUGGUCACUAAUGUAACGACUCAAGCUCACGACCAGGGUGAGGCGAACCCGGUUUCCGUGGGUAUAAGUUCGGGGUCGGGUUCUUUAAUGAACUUGAACGAUUCUGUUCUUCCAGAGACAGAGAGCUUGAGUUCUUGGUUUAGAGGGCAAAUGGGCAUGGAUUGUGGGAUUUCGCCUUUGAAUGUAAAUGGAGCUGGGCCGAAUUUGAGUUAUGGGCUUGGUAUUUUGGACUGGCCCAUGGAGGCAGUCGGCGGAGAAAAUGGUGGCGUCGCCGUGACUGAUGGCUCACCUGGUUGCGACACGUGGCAGAUAAAUGAGGCGGCCGAGGGUGAUUGCUUUGGUUGGCCGGAUCUUGCUAUUUCUACACCCACAAUAGGAAAAGGUCUCAAUUGA